AGCGGCGUGCUGCUAGCCGGACAUCAUGAUCUGCCUUAAUUCUUCAUGGCGUGGAUUCAUCAAGGUGCUGGAAACAUUCCUAAUAGAUGUUGGUCCAUAUUGACAUGACAGCAUCCCAAAGUUGCGGUUCCUGUUCCACCACAUCCUAAAUGUGCUUUAUUAAAUUGAAGUCUGAAUGAAGAUGAAGCCUGCCGUGCCGCUUCUCCUCCUGGCCCUGCUCGCUGUCACAGGGCUGAGCCAAGCCCAACUCGGGAACUCUUUCCUGGAUCUCUCCUGGAUCCUUCCCAGUCUCAGUCGGCCGGCGAACCACAGCAGCAUCUUCUACGCAGUGAUGUUUGAUGCAGGGAGCACGGGGACACGCAUUCAUGUCUACACCUUCAUCCAGAGCGACUCAGAGCAGCUCCCUGUGUUGGACAAUGAGAUGUUUCAUUCCAUAAAGCCCGGCUUGUCCGCAUAUGCCGACGUCCCUGAAACGGCUGGACAAACAGUGAGGAUGCUGUUAAAGGUAGCCAAGAGGACGGUGCCUCGUGUGGAGUGGAAGAGAACUCCUUUGGUCCUCAGAGCCACGGCUGGACUUCGGCUGCUGCCCGCACAGAAAGCUCAGGCUCUUCUGGACCAGGUUCAACACGUGUUUGACGAAUCUCCUUUUUUGGUGUCAGACGACGGCGUCAGCAUAAUGAACGGCAAAAAGGAAGGACUCCUGGCUUGGAUAUCGCUGAACUUUCUAACAGGUCACCUGAAAGCGCAAAGCAAGAAGACAGUGGGAAUAUUGGAUCUGGGAGGAGGAUCAACGCAAAUCACUUUCCUGCCCAAACUGAGGAAAACCACUGAAAGUGCUCCUGCUGCUGACUACACUGCUAAGUUUGAUGUCUUAAACUCAACAUUUGAAUUGUACACUCAUAGCUAUCUUGGAAAUGGACUGAUGGCGGCACGAUUGGCCACACUGGGAGCUCUGGGUGCAGAAGGGUUGGAGUGGCAGGUUUUUAAAAGUUCCUGUCUGCCAAAGAAGUUCAGGGAUGAAUGGAGCUUUGGAGGUCUAACCUAUCAAGUGAGCGGGGACCCAGAUGGUUACACAGGAUACAAGCUUUGUUAUCAGGAAGUACUUAAGGUGGUGAAGGGGAUUAUUCAUCAGCCGUACGAGCUUGAAGACACCAAUGUUUUUUAUGCAUUCUCCUAUUACUUUGACAGAGCUGUGGAUGCGGGCCUUAUCGAUGAGGUCCACGGAGGGAUGCUGGAGGUCAGAGACUUCAAGAAGAGAGCCAAAGAGGUGUGCAAUAAGAUGACCAAGUACCCUCCCAUCCACCCUUUCCUGUGUAUGGACAUGACUUACAUCACUUGUCUACUGAAGGAUGGGUUUGGCUUUAAAGAGAACACAGUUUUGCAGCUAACCAAGAAAGUGAAUAACGUGGAGGCUAGCUGGGCACUGGGUGCUACAUUGGAUCACUUCCACUACCUGAAGAUUCACUGAGAAGUGAGGAGCGUACACUGACAAC